AUGACGGCCAUCUUCGGCCAGCGUCACACCUGGGACGAAUCCCCCACGUACAACCACGCCAUCGGCCCUGCCACCCCACCGCUGCCCUACCAUGGCUUUGCGCCCUCGCGCCAUCAUGUCGCUGCCCACCUCGUCAAUAUGGCCGGCUACUACGACGAUGAGGCCUCCGUCAAUGCGCAGCCGUCCCAAAUGAGCGCCGACGGUCAGCCGCGCCGACAAGACUGCUACGCGCCUGAUGACGACACGCCGAACAAGCGACAGAAGCGCCAUCAUUCUUCCCCGCGCCCCCAUGAUGCUUGUACGAUUGCUAGCCCGGCACCGGAAGUGCCAUAUGCGCGCCUUCCGCACACUUCAGCGCUGCUCGCCGCCCACAGUGACGCGUCCAGCCAACAGCAUUUCGAUAUGCUGCCUCCUCAGGACUCGGUACACACCUCAUGGCAGGCUCUCCACGAAUACGCCCAGUCACAUGCCUCUCAGCAUGGCUAUGCACUCAGUAUCAAUACGACGGCUAAGAACCGCUCUCGUAUCAAGCUCGCCUGUGUCUGCUAUGGCCAGCCCAAGAACACGCACAAGUUGACUGCCGAGACGCGGGUUAGGAAAAACAGAGUCAGCUAUAAAACGGGUUGUAAGAUGUGGAUCGAGGGUAAGAAGCUGGAGGAUGGGACGUGGCUGCUGCGUGUUGGCGAGGCGCAACACAAUCAUCCUGGUCGAGACAGUGCGGGGUGGGCAGUACAACGAAAGAGGACCUGGGGUCUUGUCGGAGGGCGCAUUGGCGUUGGAGGUGUAACAGCAAAAGAGGAACUUGCCAAACGGCGGCUCCCUGGCACAAAUGAUAUACUGGAGGACGUGGACGUAGACGCCGAGGCAGGAGACGACUACGCACAACCCCAAUCACCAACCCAAAAGCCCGCCACACACAGUCUCGAACGCGGGGGCCUAGUCUGGAAAAUCGUUGAACAAGAGAUGCUCCGCAAGGGUAAACCGAACCAAGGCCGCGACCGUGGCGUAGGAAGAACCGUCGACGUCCUCCAACGACGACUCCCCGGUAUCCACAUUCUCAAGCGCGACGUCUACAACAUCCGCGCGCAAAUCAAGCGCGCGCGAAAAGCAGCAGGCCAGCAACUCGGUGACGGCUGUGACAGUUCAAAUGACGAGGUUCAGGACCCCCCUCAUGCUACUAUUACUCUUCCAAACGACGACAUUGAUCCUCAAAUAGCGCCCGAGCAAUCCCACCACCCACAAUCACAGUCACAGUCACAGUCACACAUCCAACCACCUCCCACUUUUUCCCCUCCCCCUCCUCCUCAUCAUCAUCACCGUUCUCCUCCCACUAAACCCGCCUCCCCUACACGAAAAGAUUCCAGAAUCGACCCUUCCCUCGUUGAUACUCUACCACCUUCUUCCUCUUUACCUCCAUUACCACCCCCUUCGCCCUCCUCGCCCGAUCCCUCAGGAACAGCAACAGGAACAGCAACAACACUCCAAGUUCUGCGCUUGCGCCGUGAAAAUGCAGAGUUGCGCCGCUUACUCGCUGAUAAGACAAAGGAAGUCAAGGAGAAGACGAUUGAGAUGGCCGGACUGAAGAGUCAGGUUGAGUUGUUGAGUAAUCUUAUGUUGACGAGUGGGAGGGGCUUGAUGGAGAGUUGA